AUGAGUGGGAAGAAAAGAGUCAGGAAAAAUCCCAUAAAUAGGAACAGAUGUCUGAUCUGUAAGCAUCAGAAUAAAAGAUGUGAUCUUAAACCUGGGAAAGAUCGUUGUUCUUAUUGUGAAAAGAAAGAUCUUGUAUGUGAAAUCCCCCAAUUUAGAACUAUCUUAUAUCAAGGUCCUCCUAAAAGGAAGGAAAGAUCUUUAAGUGAAAUUCAUAAAAUGGCUGAACUCAUUCAUAAGGAUCAACACCCCAAUCUCGAUUUAAAAGAAAGUAUCAUAUUGAACUAUUUGGGUUUCAGCAUUCAACAAUCACCUGAUCUUAAACAUGUUUCUACUAUCAGGAGUAAUGGAUUCUUUGCCGUAUAUGAGAAGAAAGUGGUGAUAUCUGAAUUUGUUGAUGGUCAUGUGUUAGAUGAAGAAAUUACAGAGAUUCCAUUAGUGGACGAUAAUACCAAUUUUGAAAAGAAAACCGGAGAGUUAUAUGGUAUAGCUAUUAAUGAUGCUUAUAAGUAUUUCACCGCUUUCCCCGAAUAUACUGAAACGGAUUUUUCUAAUAAUUUACUUGAAUUAUCAUUUGAACAUACAAAGACUGGAUCUGUUGUUAAAAUUGAAGAAGAACUUCCUCUAGUAGGAGAUAUCGAUACCAUAGAAUUGAAAAAUGAAUUAUUCCUUGAAGGUCCAGCUUUAGUGGUUGAUAAAUAUGAUUUUAAAGAUAAAACCCCUACUUUUAGAACCAUCCAAGGCAAGUUCAUAGAUAUACCGGAAUAUAUCUCGUCAAGUCAGGUGGAAAUACUUUUGAAUAAUUUCUGUAUUCAUUUCCCCCAGGAGACUUCCAAACUAUUGUAUGCCACCAAUCCUUUGGAAACAUUGAGGGAUCAUACUUCUAAGGUAUUAACUACAUAUUUAACUUUAGCUUUCAGUAAUGUGGUGGUAUUGAAAUGUAUUCUUCUUUGGUCAGCUCAUUGUAUGGAGUUAAAAGGACACCCCAAAUUUGAAUUCAAACACCAAUUGAAGAAUGAAAUAGUUGUAGGUUUCAAUUCCAGAAUGAACUAUAUAACUUCAAUAUGUUGUGACCAUACACUAGCGAUAGAAUAUUUACUUUAUGAUAUCCAAGUGUUGGAGAAUGAGAUCAAGCCUGAAUUUUGGUAUAAUUUGAAUUGUCUUGUUAUCAAAUCCAUGUCUAUGAGGGGUGGAUUACAGAAACUCGUGGAAUCAACUAACGGUCAGGUGUUUAGGAAAAUCUUCUGUUUACAUUAUUUCACCAGAUUUUCUUAUAGUAUCUUGAAGUAUGAUAUCAGUUCAUUGGAAAUUGAUGAUGUACAAACGAUAUUCAACAUCCCUGCUGUUGAUAACCAAUCCUCAUAUUACAAUGCAUUUAAGGAUAUCUGUGCAGUGGUGGUGGAAUCAUUCCAUUUAUAUGGAUUAAUGAAAUUAGCUAGAAAUUCCAAUCAUUUGAAUGACGUUGAUCCAUUACAGAAGUAUGAAGCUUUGAGCAGUAGUAAUGUCACUGAUAUUUUGAACAGAUGUGAUGAUUUGGAGAAGAGAAUGACAAAUAUGGUGAUUCCAAGUAAUGAAGAACCUAUGCAAAUCAAAGGUGAAAACAUGAGACACAUUCUUGAAUUCAUGAAAUUGGCAGCACUGUUGAUAUUCCAUCAACUUAUUUAUAAUUACACUUCCACAUCACCAUUCACAUUACUUCGGAUGAAAGAUGCUAUUCGAAUGUUGACCAAGAUCUUCGACAUUUAUGUUAAUGAUGGGGAUAAUGCUAAGAUUAUGAUAAUCUUACCCAUAUUCAUUGUAGGAUGUGAUAUAUCCGAUCCUUUCUAUAGAAACUGGUUCAUGGAAAAUUUGGAUAAACUUUACAGUGUGAAAAGACAUGCCAAAUAUAUGACCAUGAAGAGACUUAUUGAAAAAGUAUGGGAAAUCAAUCGUGAUGGGAAUACUUGGGUUUCAUGGCCAGAUAUAGCCGAAGAUAAUGGUUGGAUCUUACCUUUAUAUGUAUAG